AUGGAAUCCUUAAAAGAAUUUUUAUAUAAAGUUAUUUUCCAUGAAAAGCCUGUAGAUAUUCUACCAAACAUUAAUACAAAAAAAGAAGAUAUUGAAAAUGUAUCGUUUAAUAAACAAGAAAGUAACUGUUCUAUUAGUUCAUUAUUGAAUUUAGAAUGUACUAUUUCUACUCCUACCAUGUAUAACAAACUUACUGAACCUACCAUGCAUAACGAACUUACUGAACCCACUAUGCAUAACGAACUUACUGAACUCACCAUGCAUAACGAACUUACUGAACCUACUAUGCAUAAUGAACUUACUGAACCUACCAUGCAUAACGAACUUACUGAAUCUACUAUGUAUAAUGAACUUACUGAACUCACUAUACAUAAUGAACCUACUAUAUAUAACGAACCUACUAUGCAUAAUGAACCCACUAUACAUAAUGAACCUACAAAGCAUAAUGAAUCCACUAUGCAUAACGAACUCACCAUGCAUAAUGAACCCACUAUGCAUAAUGAACUUAUCAUGCAUAACGAACCUACUAUGCAUAAUGAACCUACUAUACUUACAGAACUCACUAUGUAUAAUGAACUCACCAUGCUUACAGAACUCAUGUUAACUGAAUCCACUAAACCCACAUUUACUGAAUCCACCGAACCUACGUUUACUAAAUUGACUGAGCCUACAUUAACUGAAUCUACUAAACCUACCAAGUCUAGAGCAAUAUCCAAAACAACAUCCAAAACAACAUCCAAAACAAUAUCCAAAGCAACGUCCAAAACAAUAUCUAAAGCAACGCAAAUGAAUCAGUUAAUAAAAGAAUUAAUAAUUAGAAGUUGGUAUGAAUUUGCAGAUGAGCUGGAUAAACAAAUUAAUCAAACAUUAAGGGAUCAAAAAAAUUCCAAACAUAGAAGCUCUAAAAAAUCAGCAACAUCUGAAGUUUAUAAUAAACUUUUAAACCAUUUCAAUAAUAUGACUCAGAUCGCUUUGAGAAAAAGGAUAGAAAAAGUAAAUAAAAUUUAUAUCUUAUUUAAGGGAAUAGGAGUUAAUAAAAUUGAAAGAGUUAGUACUUUUAGUACUAACAAAAUUUCUGAAUUUAAUGUAUUACAAAUCGAAUAUAUUAUUAAAAAUGUAACUGAGUAA